AUGGAUCGCGCAAGGAAGCGCGAACUGCGCGCUACAAACGAGCGAGCAUGGGCCGGCGAUACCAAUCUCUUCCAAGUCAACAGCUCCCUGGACUCGUCUCUCAAGAAAAACACUGCAUUUAUCAAGCGACUCCGUACCGCAAUCACUCCUGCUACCCUUAGCACCUUCCUUCAGGAGAUCCGCACCCUCAGCCUGCACAAGUACCUCUCCGAGAUUAUAUCCGCCUUUUACGAAGGCCUCUGCAAGCUUAAAACACCCGGUGAGGUCGAUGCGGGCACUGAGAUUGCCAGCGCUUUGCACCAGCGCUUUGGUCCUGCCGAAUUUACCGAGCAUCUCAGCUGGCUUUUAGGCCGCGGCAUGGCCACGCCUGAAAAGAGCGCGCUCAAGGCUCUAUCCCAGGAACUCCGCGAAAAGGAGGAGAAGGACCGCCUUACUAGACAGAGAGCACUACUACGAGUCGUUACCGAGCUUUGGUUGCUCGGAGUCUUGCGAACCCUGGACGAUGCGGUAAAACCCGACGAAACGACAAAAGCUUCAGCCUCGAAAGUGGCCGAAAUAAAACCCCGUACGAGCACAAAGAAUGGCACAUCUGCCGACCCAUUUCCGCUGGAGGUUCUGAAAGAUCUGCUUGGCUAUGAUCGCGAGCAUACCAACCUUCCUUUGCUCGUCAUCUUCGUCAAAGCCUUCAGCUGGGAUGUGCUCGGUGUCAAGCCUAGCCAUGCCGACGGUAGGAAAACGAUUGAGGAAGACGGCGCUGCAGCAGAGCCUGCACAGCCUGCCACGGAUGCUGAGGACAACAGGCCCGACCAGCCAUUUACAUCGCCAGAGCUAUCCGAAAAAUUCAAGAAUAUUCUCAAAAAGUAUUUUGAGGAUGUCAAAACCCACAUCAUUCGCGACCAAAAGUCUAUACACUCUCAGGCUCGCCGAAAUGCAGAAGCAUAUGUGAAAAGUGGCGAGGUCUUCGAAGACCGGCAAGCAAAUUACGAAAAGCAAGUCAAGGCCCAAGAUCGCCUUGUCUCAAAUGCCCAAGUCAUCGCUGAUGCCAUUGGGGCCGAGAUACCCGAUUUGAAAGAUUCCGACGACUCGCUCAACGCCUCUGGUGCUGGAAUCGGCCUUGUCAAGACAGGGGAGUAUCUGCGCUCUUCUGCCGAUGGAUCUGGUAUCUGGGACGAUGAUGAAGAGAGACGCUUCUACGAAAAUUUGGUCGACUUGAAAGGCAAAGUUCCGUCCAUGUUGCUAGAGGAUGGCAAAAAGAAAAAGGCAGACAGCGAAGAUCAAGUUGGUAAGAAAGUGGAUGAAUCUGAGUCUGUGGCUGCUGCAGAUUUGGCUGAGGAUCAAUCCAUGGCCAUUGCAAACAAGACGACUGGUGCCCAAGUUGACGCGCUACUCGCACGACUGCCAGACCUUACAAGUAAAGAGACCAUUGAUCAAAUGGCAAUCGACUUUUGCUAUCUCAACUCUAAGGCCUCUCGCAAUCGACUCGUCAAGGCGCUCACUGAAGUUCCCAAGGGCAGAGGAGACCUGCUUCCAUCCUGGUCCCGUCUUGUGGCUACGCUGGGUCGCUACAUGACGGAUAUUCCCAAGGGCCUUGUUGACUAUUUGGACGCCGAGUUCCGCAGCUUACAGCGCAGAAAGGAAAAAGAUUUUCUCGGUCAGGUCCGGCUUGGUAACAUACGCUAUCUCGCCGAGCUCACCAAAUUUGGUGUGGUGCCCGAGCAUGUCGUCUUCCACUGCCUCAAAGUUAGUCUAGACGACUUUUCGCGAAUGAACAUCGAGAUUCUCUGCAAUCUCCUGGAGAACUGCGGUCGAUACCUGCUCAAGACACCGGGUACGGCUCCGCGAAUGGUGUCUUUCUUGGAAACGCUUCAGCGCAAGAAGUCGGUGCAGCACAUCGGUCAGCCGGAACGAAUGCUGAUUGAUAACGCUGUUUAUUAUGUCGAUCCACCCGAGCGUCCUGCUAUUGAACAGAAAGAACGAACCCCAAUGGAUUUAUUCAUCCGGAAGCUCGUCUAUAAUGACAUGACUAAGCGAAAUUAUAGCAAGAUUCUGAAGCAAAUUAGGCGCCUACAUUGGGAGGAAAUCGACGUUGUUGCCAUGCUCGAGAAGGUAUUUUCCAAGCCUGGCAAAGUUAAGUACGGCAACGUACAUUUACUCGCGAUACUACUCAGCGCGCUCUAUCGCUAUCACCCUGCGUUUGUUGUCAAGGUCAUUGACAACGUUGUUGAGUCCAUUAGUUUUGGUCUCGAGCAAAAUGACUUCAGGACGUUUCAGCGUCGGGUGGCCGAAGUCAAGUACCUGAGUGAGCUCUACAAUUAUCGCAUGUUGGAACACCCCGUCAUAUUCGAUGCCAUGUACAAGAUUCUUACCUUCGGAUAUGGCGGUGCUCCUGUACCUGGCCGACUCAAUUCCUUUGAUCCACCGGAUGACUUCUUCCGCAUACGACUUGUUUCAACUAUGCUGGAGACGUGCGGCGUAUUCUUCAAUCGUGGCGCUGCAGGCAAAAAGUUGGACUACUUUCUUUCCUUUUUUCAGUAUUAUGUCUACACAAAGGUUGCACUGCCGAUGGACAUAGAUUUCAUCGUGCAAGACACGUUUGGCCUGACUCGCCCUCAAUGGAAGUUUGCUGCCGAUUUGGAGGAAGCAACAAAAGCCUUCCAAGACGCUGUGGCCCUGGAUCAGAAGUCCAACGGCGGAGACAAGACAAAUGAUGCCGACGCAGAUGCAGACGACGCGACUAGUGGCGCUUCGUCCGAUGAUGAGCAUGGCGAUAUAGACGAGAUCGAGGCUGAUGCAGAUGCCGAUGAUGAUGAGGACAGCCUUUCCGAGGAGGAGGAAGACGUUCACGAUCUUGCCGAAGACUCGGAUGCAGAGAGUGAAGAUUACGAUGAGGCCAUUGUUGUCACGAGACAAGAAGAAGCCAUCGAUCCGGAGGACCAGGCUGACUUUGAGCGAGAAUAUGCUAAGAUGAUGGCCGAGAGCCUUGAAUCGCGAAAAUUUGAGCGCAAGCAACAGUUUGAUGUCCCUCUCCCUGUUCGUCCGAAGGCUCGAGAGCUCAGUGCUGGGGAAGCACAGACACUUCCAGAAAGCUCAGCUGCGCCAGCAAACAAGAUGGCCUUUUCUCUGCUGACGAAGAAGGGCAACCGCCAACAAACGCGUACGGUUGAAUUGCCGUCCAAUUCUGCAUUUGCUAUUGCCAUGAAGUCGUCGCAGCAAGCCGAGCGGGAAGAACAGCAACGCAUCAAAAGUUUGGUCCUAAACUAUGAUUUGCAGCAAAGCGAUGACCCCGACAGUAAGUCGAUACCAACGUCCAACUACUACUUUACUGGGGCAAAGACUCACAAAUGUCCAGGUGACGAGAAGCAAACGACAUUUCACCACAAUCGAGUCGAGCGCUCUGGCAAAGACCGAGGCCAGAGAGUCCGAAAAUUGCAGCUAAGCGAUGUGGACUGGUAG